AUGAGUUUUAACAAGAACAAUCCCAACCCCAUGGGAAAAAUUAUGGGCUACCUAAAACAACUUUCCACCGAAAUGGGUGGAAGCGAACAGAGCCGGCGAGUUCAAAACGACGAGGAGAGGCUUUACCGGACACGUGGUCCUAAGUACGCCAGGGUCCCAUCUAGGCCUACCCUCUCCGCUUCGACGACCUGCACAUCUCUCGCCACAUCUUGUGGCUCUCAAGGAACUCUUUCCCCUAACUACGCAACUAUACCAGAAAUCGUAUCAACUGAGAGCAGCAGUGAAGACGAACCGGACUCACUUGAAAAUACUCGCCGCCAUUUUCAACAACUACGCCAAAUAAGUUUAGGAAACGAAUUCAAAUACAAGAUGGAAAUGGAAAUCCAAAGCGCAAAAGAGGAUAACCUGCGCAAUUCUGUGCCAUAUGUAAAGCAAUUGAGUACGGAAAAUAACAAAACGAAAGCUGACUAUUCAAUAAAUGGCGAUGGACCGACAUUUGGGGCUGCUCCUAAGGCCCUUUAUCUUUGGACUCAGGUAUUUGCUGCGAUUGCCGUUUCCAUGGGUUCAUUAAUCGUCGGGUUUUCAUCUGGAUAUACCUCGCCCGCCCUACCAAGUAUGAACGCCACGUUAUCUAUUACAAAUGAAGAGAGCAGCUGGGUUGGCGGACUAAUGCCCUUGGCAGCAUUAAUUGGAGGUAUUAUGGGCGGUCCACUAAUAGAAUACCUUGGACGGAAGAAAACAAUAAUUGGUAUUGCAAUACCAUUUUUCCUAGGCUGGAUAUUAAUUGCUACCGCUUUUAAUGUAUUUAUGGUACUUGCGGGUCGUGCAUUCUGUGGUAUAUGCGUCGGCGUCGGAAGCCUUGCUUUUCCCGUAUACCUUGGAGAAACGUUACAACCGGAAGUAAGAGGUGCCCUAGGGUUGCUUCCAACAGCCUUAGGAAACACUGGAAUCCUUCUAGCCUUCUUUUUUGGAACAUAUUUGAACUGGUCUCACUUAGCAUACCUUGGCGCUGCUCUACCAGUACCAUUUUUCCUGCUUAUGCUAGCUACACCAGAAACGCCAAGAUGGUACUUCACAAAAGGCCGAGCUGAAGACGCACGAAAAGCUUUACAAUGGUUAAGAGGACGAAACACAAACAUCGAUAAGGAAUUGACAGCUCUUGCACUCUCUCAAGAAGAUUCAAACAGAUCUGGCGGAAAUGCGUUUGGCCAAAUAUUUUCAAGGAAGUAUAUGCGUCCAGUUUUGAUAGCCCUAGGUCUUAUGUUGUUCCAACAACUUAGUGGUAUCAACGCUGUUAUAUUCUAUGCUUCCACAAUAUUUAAAAUGGCUGGCAGUACUCUUGAUGAAAAUGUAUGCAGUAUAAUUAUCGGUGUUGUAAACUUUGUGUCUACAUUUAUUGCUACAGCCAUUAUUGACCGCUUAGGAAGAAAAAUGCUGUUAUAUAUUUCAUCGGUAUCAAUGAUUAUAACCUUAGUAACACUCGGAGCUUACUUUUACGUGAGAGCUGUUGGAAUUGACCUCAUUGCAUACGGUUGGUUACCACUAGCUUGUCUCGUGAUUUAUGUUUUGGGAUUCUCAAUUGGAUUUGGACCUAUUCCGUGGUUAAUGUUGGGAGAAAUUUUGCCAUCUAAAAUUCGUGGUACGGCCGCUUCACUGGCGACAGGUUUCAACUGGACAUGUACUUUCAUUGUUACGAAAACAUUCCAUAAUAUUAUUGUUGUUAUAAAAAUGUAUGGUACAUUUUGGUUAUUUGCUGCUCUGUGUAUAGCUGGGCUAUUUUUCGUUAUAUUUUUCGUACCAGAGACCAGAGGAAAAAGUUUGGAGGAGAUUGAGAAGAAAUUAACUGGUUCACGGAGAAUUCGGAUAAGUAGCAACAAACAAACUCAAAACGCAUGCUAG